AUGCCACAGCAGAAUGCAAUAGAAGAAUCGGCAGUGAGGAUGAAAACGAUAUUGGAUAUGAGGCCGCUGAGGAGGGCAUCCAAGCAAUUCCAAAAGAUGCUAUCAACCAGUGCUCCUGAUGCUGCGAGGAACAAUCUACUGCAAUUCCAAUUGGGAGUGCGAGCUCUUCAGAUACAUAUUAACAAACAUGAACUCGUGGAUGAGAUGAAUCGACAGGAGGUGGCUGAAUAUCACAGAGAAGAGAGCAGGAUUGAACGCGAGAUGGCUGAGGUGACGAGUGACAUCGAGGCUCUCAAGACGAAAUUGGUGGAAGCACAACAAUUGCGAGCCAACAAACUCGUCUAUGAAGAACUUGCCAAGCAAGCUCUAGCUCUAAAGAGUCGAGAUGAGAUGGUCAAGCGAAUCGCUCAACACAAACGUGAUAUAGAUGAAUUGAACGAAGAAGCUCGAGUGUUUGAUGUGAGAUGGGAGUUGAGGAGGAAACAGUAUGUCACGUCCGUUGCUGCAUUGUAUGACUUCCAGGCCAUGUUGAAGGACACUGCUGAUGGUGUUGUGAUGAUGCAGACCGAGGAUGAUCCACCUGGUGAUGAGGAGGAAGAAGAAGGUGUCGUUGAUGAAAGUCCAGACAAGGCCGAUGCCAUGAUGAUUGAUUGA